CUUAACACUAUUGUAAGUUGCUCUGGACAGUAAUAAAUGAUAAUAGUACAAGUGAUCUAAUACCUUUACAACAGCAUUUAGCAGAUGCUCUCAUCAAGUGCUUUGAUGUCUUCUUGGGAAAAUUAGAAUUAUUCUUAUUAUGGUACCUUGGUAAAUGUUUUAUACAGCAUAUUAGCAUGUUAGCAAUGAUAAAUUUAGAGAAUGAACCAAAGAUCAUUCGAAGCUGCAGUGUCACCAAUUAAUUUAUUAGUUUGGUUUCAGUUCAAGACCUUUGUAAACUGAAGGGAUUACCCAGAUGCUUAGGUGGUAUUAACUUGGCAACAAGCAAAAAUGACCUCUUAAAAUUUAUACAAUUUAAGCACCAUUUUGAAAGACAAGUUCAAGUAAUUUGUUUAUUGUGCUGUUGUAAUUCACAACCCUCAUAUUAAUCACCAAUGAUUAUCAUUAGUAUGAUUAUCAUAAGUUAUCAAUAACUUAUCAUUAUUGUUGAACUCCAGAGUAUAACAAUACCAUAAAGCUAAAGUCAGAGACAGGCAGCCGAUACAGUAACCUAAAUACAUAAAAUGUGAUAGGUUUACUGCUAUUUAAGUGUUUUUUUUUAAUGAAGAUAUGCAUCUUCAGUCCAUGUUUGAAGACAGUAAGCUACUGUUCAACAGACAGCAGAAGUUAAUUCCUCCUGGGUGCACAGAAAAGUCCAGAGGAGUAUCUUCCUUAUCUGAUGAGAGCUGGUGGUUCAUGAUACAGUGCUUUCAGCUGGUCCAUUUUGGGCUCAUGGGCAAGCAUCAGGGUUUAGAAUGGGUUAUGGGGCAGCUGCAGGAAGCCAGUGAAGGCAAUACAGUGGUGAGAGAAUCUGGGUAGAGGCAGACAUGCUCUAGAUCAACUGCAAGGUCCUAGCAACAUGGAGAGCAGCCAGGAGUGAGCCACAGUAUUCUGAUCUCAAGGUGAUGAGGGACUGAACAAACAGCUGAAUGGCCUCCCAGGACAGAAUUGGCCAGAACUUCCUGUUUUUUUUCUCCCCAGGAUAAACCUGAGUGAAUUUCUGAAGCUCAAUUUUCAGUACAGCAUAAAACACCUUCCAGUCACUCAUCACUAUAAAAGAAAAGCUGUAGUAGAAUUGCUGCCUCUGCCCUGUGUUUUCUUUGAGGCUACCUGUGGCUUCAGGUUUUAUAGGCAGGUUUGCUUUACAUUGGGAGUGAUGUCACAGCACCUGAAAACAGUGUAUACGAUGGCAUUUCAGAACAUAAGUAUUGUUGUGCCAAUCUGGUAGUGAUCAGAUUAAGCCAGUCUCAGUGGAGGUGUUUUCAAUAGAUGCCCAGACACUGCUCGGCUGCCGGCUGCAACUCGCGGGACACCAGAGAAGCUCGGAAAGCUGGUCUUACUUUUCACAGAUUGCCAAAGAGAGGUAACCCACGCCGCACUACCUGGAUUCUAAAUUCGCGCCGCAAAGGUCCCGAGGGCAAAGGGCAAUGGGAGCCCCAGAGUGACUACAUCUACUUCUGCUCCAAGCAUUUCACCCCCGACAGCUUCGAACUCUCAGGUGUCAGUGGCUAUCACAGACUGAAAGACGACGCCGUCCCCACAGUGGUGGACAACCCGCAUCAAAGAGGCAAAGUAUCCAGGGGAAGAGGCAGGCCACGGAAUGUAGAAAGACAGAAAAGGGCCAGUAUUGAUAAAGAGAGAUCAGAGAGCAAAGAUGUCCCAGUCAAAGCAGGCUUUGUCCAGAACAGAAUUAGCGGGGAACGAGCCGAGAGUUCCAAGACAGCCGAUCAGGAGCAAGAAAAUGAGCAAGCUCUGCCCCUGCCUUUGUCUGUGGAUGUUCAAACUCCUAGUAAGAAAUCAUCAAAUGAUCCAGCAGCAGACUGCCACCCUAAUCUGCCUUCUCCGCGCCCUCCAUCUCCUUCCUGCUACAUGAGACGUCUCCCCCCACCUCCCGGUUUCUACCUGGCCAAAGAGCACAGCUACGCCCAGCUCUGCCCUCUGCUGUGGCGCAAACGUUACAACAAGGCCAUUGACAACUUGGAAAAGGCGCUGCGUUUGCUUAGUGCCGCGCGGCGUCGUGAGAACCGCCUGCGGCUCACACUGCUCCACCUCCGCGAGAGCAGAAUUAGGAGCACUUUAUCGCAACUUCAGGACAGUGGAAAGAGGAGGGAGCAACGAGGAGGGCAUGGGGGUCUGCACCCCUGGCCUCCUCAGAGUGGCAAGGCAGCUAGAGAAGACAGGAGCAUCAGUCCUGAAGGGCAGGAGGAGAGUGAGAUGGAGAGCACACCUGAGGACGUGGAGCUCUUUACUGAGGAGGGCUGGAGAAGACCGGCGCACAUAACAAGAGAAAGGGUCACCACCGAGGAAGAGGAGGGAUGCUGUUUUUAUUGUGGACGAGGAAGAGAGGAUGAGGAAUCUGCAGACACCAGGGAGGGAGGGGGCAUGUGCAGAGCCACUGAGAUGCAAGGGGACCUUGGCAGUUACAAACCCAGUCAAAUCCAGCAAGGCAGAAGCGGUAGAAGUAGGAUACCGAGUACAUUCAGAGAUCGGCAGGUCGAGAGCACAAGGAAUGACAUCACUGUGGAGGCGAAGGACUGUUUCUUCUACUACUGCGAAGAUGAUCCAAGUGAGGAGCAAACAAAGGCGGACCCCAUGGAGCCAUGUCCACAGCAACAGAGCCCGGACCCAGAAGCUUCUCUGGAGCUUUGUGGGAAGCCCGUGCAGCAGGUCUCCCUGCUGCCCCAUCAGACCGAAAUGCUCCUACAGAUGCUCGCGGUACCGGGACCUCCACAGGCUACAGCGGCCUUGCCAGAGGCCACGUCCACACUCCGACUGCAGGAGCUGCACGUCCUGCAGCCAAGCACAGGCCUUCAGCUGGGAUUCCUCCUUCCAGACACAGCCACGAGGGAAGGGAGCACGAGGCAGGGUGAGCAAGAAGGGGGAAAUCGUGUCUACUGGGUGCAGGAAAGGACAGACAGCCGUGUACUCCUAGUACCUGAAGCUGCUGAAAGCAGGGAGAGGAAUGGGGUGGGUGGGGGCAACACUGUUCAGAAUGUGGAAAGCCAUUCAAUGUUGGUGGCAGAAGAUGGCUUCCAGCAAAGGGGCAGUGAAGAUGGGUGUGGUCUGAUGGGGCUGAGACAUAUCGAGAUGAGAGAUGGUCAGCUUGGCCAGCAGUCAAACCUGAGAACCACUGUGCCGAGUGGAGAUGUGAGACAGAGGCUGAAAGAACAUCUGGAGGGGUUUCAGCUGCAGUUAAGCAGUGAGUUUAUUGACUGAACAAGUUAAACCACAACAAGUUGCGAAUAGUAUUAUUUUUGUUUUUCUCAACUGUGAAGUGAUAUGGCUGUUUUUUUUUCCUGAAAAUAAAAUUUGUGAAGAUAAAUUAUAUAAUUUCCUCC